GUUGCAGGGCGCUUUGAGUCAACUCCCUCGGAUCCGGACUUCCUAUUUGCCACCUUCCCAAACGGCCUCUAAAAAAUGCUGUCAUCUGUCUCUGGUAAUUGAGCCCCGUGGACUUUCUCUGAAGAAGUUCCAAGAUAGGUGCUGCUGAACCCGGAUCCAGAAGAGGAUGGGGAAGCAGAACAGCAAGCUGCGCCCUGAGGUGCUCCAGGACCUGCGUGAGAACACUGAGUUCACAGACCAUGAGCUGCAGGAGUGGUACAAGGGCUUCCUAAAAGAUUGCCCAACGGGCCAUUUGACUGUGGAGGAGUUCAAAAAAAUAUACGCAAAUUUUUUCCCCUAUGGUGAUGCGUCGAAGUUUGCGGAGCACGUCUUCCGCACUUUUGACACCAAUGGUGAUGGGACGAUUGACUUUAGGGAAUUCAUCAUUGCCCUGAGCGUCACCUCUCGGGGCAAGCUGGAACAGAAGCUGAAGUGGGCGUUUAGUAUGUACGACCUGGACGGCAAUGGGUACAUCAGCCGUGGGGAAAUGCUAGAAAUAGUGCAGGCAAUCUACAAAAUGGUUUCAUCAGUAAUGAAAAUGCCGGAAGAUGAAUCCACUCCCGAGAAGCGAACAGACAAGAUUUUCAGACAGAUGGACACAAACAACGAUGGUAAACUGUCGCUGGAAGAGUUCAUCAAAGGUGCCAAGAGCGAUCCCUCCAUUGUGCGGUUGUUACAGUGUGACCCCAGUAGUGCGAGUCAAUUCUGAUUAAAGUGGACUGUGCACAGAGAAUCUCAGCUUGUGUCCUUCAAGCUUUGCUCGCAAAUGGAUGCCUUCUCAACCAUCCCUCCACACUUUGCGGAUAAGAUCCCAUUGCCAGAUUGUGCGUGUGUGUGUGUGUGUCCGAGCGAACCAGCCCUCGCUCCCCUCACUAACACCAGUGCAGCUCUCCUUUGGCAGCUCAGUUUCUGCUUUCCAGUAAUGUUAUGAUUCACUCUACACAUUUUAAACGUUAAUCGAAAGGUAUGUUUACAUGCAGCUACAAAAGAGUUCAAAUCGCUGGUGUGAUACCACUUCACUUAGUCUGUAAGAAAGGUGAUGUCCUAAUAGUUCCUGAGAAGAUGCUAGGUAGGACUUUUACCUGACAUAGCAGAUGGUAGAUAAUUUAUUUUGCUUCAGAAAUUACUAUGUAAAAAAAAAAAAAGUGAACUGAAUGGAGUAGAAACUUUAAGAAAAAAAAAAAAAAAAAAAAAAA